AUGUCAAACUUCGGCAGAGGUUUCGACCCCUCCAAUCCCGAUCAUCUCAUGAACAUGGCACGCCAUGGUAGACGACCGGUCAUGCAGCGAUUCGACGAAUACUACAGAUGCUAUCCAGUGAUUAUGGCACCUGGCUCGGCACGCCCAGAACUCAACUAUGGUUCUAAGAUCAUCCUGCCGCCUUCUGCGCUGGAUAAAGUCUCGAAGUUGCAUGUUCAGUGGCCCCUGCUUAUGGAGCUAAUAAACGGCGAAAAGGGCCGACAUUCACACGCUGGUGUACUGGAGUUCAUCGCGGAAGAAGGUCGUGCUUAUAUUCCACAAUGGAUGAUGGUUACUUUGGGAAUGGAUGUGGGAGAUAUGAUUCAAAUCCGAACGACAUCACUGGAGUUAGCAAAGCUCGUUAAGCUUCAGCCACAGUCCCCAGCAUUCCUUGAGAUUAGUGAUCCUAAGGCAGUUUUGGAAAGGGCAUUCCGCAACUUUGCAACGCUUACAAAAGGAGACAUCUUCAACUUUGAGUACAACGACGAAAUUUACGAGGUAGCAGUACUGGAUGUGAAGCCAGAGACGGAAAAGAUGGGCGUGUGCAUGAUCGAGACGGAUGUUUCUGUGGAUUUCGCCCCUCCGGUUGGCUAUGUCGAGCCAUCGAAACAAAGUGGUACUAGUACACCACAAAGCACAAGACCAGGACUACCCGCUGGUGGAGUCCUACAUAGCCAGGGUACCAUGGCACAAGCAAUCAACUACAGCUCCAUUGCUCCGUCAGUCACAAGAGUUGCCACGAACUUUUUGGGCGAUGGAAAGAAGCUUGCCAAAAAGGGAAGCAAAGCAUCAACACCGAAGCCAGCAACACCAGUUCCCGUCGAAAGUGUUCCCGCAAAAAGGACAGGUGCUCCGGCUGCGCUCCGGCUAGCUCCUAACAAGCUAUUCUUUGGCUAUGAAAUCACCCCAGUGAAGACUGAUGCAGAUAGAGAGCAAGACAAGGAGAAUGAGAAGCGACCACACUUCGCUGGACAAGGCCAAAGUCUGCGUGGAAAGGUCAAGCGAAAGGGUGAGGAUGAUACCCAUAUGAAAGGCACGGAGAAGAAGAGCUCAUCAGAAGGGCACAGGCUCGAUGGCCGCCAGCCACGUUAG